AUGUCGUAUGUUGGAGAGUCAUUCGCCUCUUGGAUUCUGAUUAUCAUCUCUGUACUAUGUAUAUCUGCCGCAAUUAUUGCAGUGAUAUAUCAAGCUCUACGUCGGCGCCGCUCUUCAAGAACCCGAACACCUAAACUCCCUAUGCGGGAUUUCACAUUAGAAGAGUUACAACAAUUCGAUGGAAAUGGCCCUGAUGGACGUAUUUUAUUGGCCGUUAAUGGUAAUGUCUUCGACGUCACAGAAAAUGGCCAGAACUUCUACGGGAAGGGUGCACCCUACUCUUCAUUCGCUGGGAAAGACGUUUCGCGUGCAUUGGCCUGCUUCAAAGCUGAGCUUGUCGAGGUCGGAGGUCGGUAUGAUGAUCUUUCAGACCUUUCUCAAGUAGAAAUGGAGCGACUUCGGGAGUGGGAGUUACAGUUCUCAGUCGCUACGAUAUUUGAAAUAUCGCGAUACAUGUAUAUUUGUAAUGUACUACUCAUAAGGUUGCUGAAAAUCCAUCGACAGCCCACGACCGGUUUCGCCCUUCUUGGGGCUCAUCAGAACGCUAUGAUCAUAUCGGACGGCUCCUUCGACCCGGCGAACCACAUCGCGUUUAUGAAGAAACGGAUGAGCCCCCAGUGGACGCGACAGUUCCACAGUCUGACGCAAAAAAAUCAAUAUAAACGCUGAAUUCGGUGUUGCUUGGUCCAUCCCGUCUAAAGAUACUCGUGCCUUAUCUCGAUACUCGACUAUUUCCAACACUGCUCUCAUUUUGUAUGAACCAUUGCAAUUUACUUCCAGUAACUGUGCAACUGUUUUCUUUUUUCUCUAUUUCGAUAUCGUCAGGUCCGCCAAGUAUGUAUAUUGGACAGUUGGGUUCGUUCAAAACUGAGCUGUCGAAACUUGAUUUGUUAUUUUUCUAACUGUAUUUGUUGCACUUCUCCCGGUUCUGUAUUGUCGGUCUGUGUUUGUUCUCUUACCACUAAAGAAAUCUAUGUUGGUGGCGGUG